AAUAUAUAACAAUAAAUUAAAAAAAUAUAUAAGGAAAAUGUUCUCAAUUCACUCCCAUUGUCGACAAUUCACGUCUGUGUGGUUUAUUUGUUGGUGCAGGAAGAAAGAUUAUGAUAGAGACAAGGUAGAGAGGCACAGACAUAGGUCAAAAUCUUAUGAGAGAGAGCGGGAGGAAGGGCACAGACAAAGGUCCAAGUCAUAUGAUAAGGAUAGAGAGGAAAGGGACAGACACAGGUCGAAAUCCUAUGACAGAGAUCGAGAGGAAAGGCAUGGACAUAGAUCUCACUCAAGGGGAAGAUCUAGCCAUAGGUCAAGGUCGCGUUCUCGAUCUCGGUCUCGUUCGCGCUUCAAAAGGUUGAAAACUUUGAGAGGUGGGUUCGUGAGACAAAAUUCAGAAUAAUGAGUCUCAAUACGAUGAACAAAUUUGGUGUUGUUCUUGAUGACUUUGGCCUUGAAAACCUGUUGGACAAGUUGAUGGAAGAUUUCAUUCGUCCCAUUUCAAGAGUUUUAUUUUCUAAUGUUGGUGGAUCCACACUUGAUUCCCAUCAUGGUUUUGUUGUCGAGUAUGGGAUGGAUAGAGACGUUGACUAGGAGUGUUCUUGUUAUUGGUGGAACUGUGAAUCUGAGAUUUAAAAGAAAAAGGACUGAGGAAGAGGAAGCAAAAAACUUAUGUUCUUGGAGUCACAGUAUGAGUGGACUAUAUGUGAAGAUUCUGUUUGUAUUUGCAAUAUUUGUUGUUCAAAAUUGCCAGGGGUUUACUGAUCCUCGUGAUGUAUUUGCCAUAAAUAGUUUAUAUACUGGUCUGGGCUACCCCUUGCUUCCUGGAUGGGUACCAUAUGGAUUAGACCCUUAUGGUGAUCAAUGGCAUGGUGUACUUUGUGUCAACUCUAAUGUAACUGGAAUAGUACUCAAUGAUUCAAAUUUGGGAGGUGAAUUAAGUGAGGGCAUUGGAAGUUUUGCUUCAAUCAUACAAAUGUCGUUGAACAACAAUCAUCUUAAGGGAGUCAUUCCAGAUGCCUUUCUGCAGCUUAAGACUUUGACUACUAGGGACUUAUCUAGGAACAAUUUAAGUGGUCAACUGCCUCCUUCAAUAGGGAGUUUGUCGUCACUUACUACCUUAAACAUAGGGAAUAAUUUAUUCUCUGGGCCUAUACCGCCAAAAUUGUUGAGCAUCCCGACCUUCAGUGACUUGAACAAUCAUGAAUCUACAAGGGUGUUCAAGAAAUCAUUAGAAAGUUAAAGAACUUUGUUUCAGCUAGAUUACUUGCAGCUUUACGGAAAAAACAGAUGCCAGAACACAAGAAGAAGAAGAAGAAGAAUAAUACAGGCUACAUAGAAUUUCUUGAAACUUAUCGCGACUAGAACUUGAUACUAUGUAAAAACUUAACUAAUCAUUUGGGUACUUAACAUACAUUUUGCUUUUGAAUUUAGAUUACUAAUUUAAUUUGUUCCAUAUUUUGGAUUAUGUCAUUAUUAAUGAAUGAUUUUGUUUUAUGA